AUCUUGGCUAAUUAAAUUUCAAGAAAGGAUAAUUUCGUAAUUUCACAUAUACAUGUAAUUGGCGUACAACAUUCCACGUACCACACUCCCGCCUAAAGUAACUUCCAUGACUACCACAUACAGUUUCUAUCCGUUAAAAUUCCUCAAAAACAGAGGAAAGAAAAAUACCCAAAAAAAAAAAAAAAAAAAAAAAUGCAGGUGUUUUCUUCAUCUCCAUCAUCAUCUUCAACUUCUUCUUCAACUACAACUUCAUUUUUUACUUCUUCACAUAAUAUUAAUUCAUCCAAACAAUCCUCUAAAAAUAGAAUUAUUCCCAUAAAGUCCCUACAAUCCUCUGCUUCACACCUCACUGUACCACCCUACACUUCUUCUAACAACAACAACAAUGAAGUUUCUGCUGUUAUUCAACAACCCAAGAUUGUUGAUAUCACAACAAGAAGUAAUUUGGAUCAGUUUCUUGUUCGUCGUCCUAUGAUUCAAUCAGACGGUGGAGAUGAGGAGAGAGAUGAUGAUGAUGAUGAUGACGAUGGGAGUAGUGAUGAUGAUGAUGAUGAUGAAGACGAGAAAUCUGCAUUGGAUAAAAGUUUGGAGAAGUUUGCGAAGAAAUUGCCGAUUUUUGAGCCUGGUAGAGGUGGAGAAGUUGAUACAGAGGAUGUUGUUAAGGAGAAGCCUUUGAAGAUUAAUUUGGAUUUGGCUUUGUAUAAAGCUAAGAUUUUUACUAGGAAUUUUCAGUAUGGUGAUGCUGAAAAUAUUUUACAACAGUGUAUAUACUAUUGGCCUGAAGACGGGAGGCCAUAUGUAGCAUUGGGGAAGGUAUUAAGGAAGCAACUAAGAAUAUCUGAAGCAAGAGAUGUUUAUGAAAAAGGUUCUCAGGCUACUGAGGGUGAAAAUCCUUACAUAUGGCAGUGUUGGGCUGUGAUGGAAGAUGGGUUGGGAAAUGUAAGGAAAGCGAGGGAACUAUUUGAUGCAGCCACAGUUGCUGAUAAGAGGCACAUCGCGGCCUGGCAUGGUUGGGCAGUUUUGGAGCUAAAACAAGGAAACAUUAAGAAAGCAAGGAAUCUCCUUGGCAAAGGUAUUAAAUACUGUGGUGGAAAUGAGUAUGUAUACCAGACUCUCGCGUUGCUUGAAGCCAAGGCUAAUCGAUAUGAACAGGCUCGCUACUUGUUCAGACAAGCCACCAAGUCUAACCCCAAAAGUUGUGCUAGUUGGCUUGCAUGGGCACAGCUAGAGAUGCAGCAGGAAAACAAUCGAGCUGCCUGUUACUUGUUUGAGAGAGCUGUUCAGGCUAGCCCCAAAAACAGGUUUGCCUGGCAUGUAUGGGGUCUGUUCGAAGCGAAUCUUGGACGAAUUGAUAAAGGGAGAAAAAUUCUAAAGAUAGGCCAUAUUGUCAACCCGAGGGAUCCUGUUCUUCUCCAGUCUCUUGCUUUGCUAGAGUACAAGCACUCUACUGCUAAUGUCUCCAGGGUUUUGUUCAGGAGAGCAUCGGAGUUGGAUCCGAGGCACCAACCUGUGUGGAUUGCAUGGGGAUGGAUGGAAUGGAAGGAAGGUAACAUAUCCACUGCAAGAGAACUGUACCAAAGAGCUCUGUCUAUUAACUCAACAACGGAAAGUGCUGCUCGUUGCCUUCAGGCAUGGGGUGUUUUGGAGCAAAGAGUUGGCAAUCUUUCAGCUGCUAGGAGAUUAUUUAGAUCGUCUCUUAACAUCAAUUCGCAAAGCUAUGUGACGUGGAUGACUUGGGCAUCUUUAGAGGAGGAUCAAGGGAAUUCUGUCCGUGCUGAGGAGAUCCGUAAUCUCUACUUCCAACAGCGAACAGAGGUUGUAGAUGACGCUUCCUGGGUAAACGGGUUUCUAGACAUCAUUGAUCCGGCACUCGAUAGCAUAAAGAGGCUCUUGAACUUAGAGCAGGAUCCAUUUGGGAAAAUAAAAACCCCAGAUUCAGCACAGAAGACAGAGUUGAAGGGUAAUGAUGAAGAAACAUUGUCAGAUGCUGAAAGUGUUGAGAGUGGGAGUGGUUUUAAUUUGGAUGCAUUUAUAAGAGAGAAAUUGUCUCUUGAUCCAACUAAGCUUGAUGACCAAAUGGAAACAUCUUUGUUGUCCAUUGCAAGAAGUAAGCAACAAAGAAAUGCAUUUAGAUCAAGACAAAAACUUAGAUGAUUUUUACUAAAUAAUUUGAAGGCAUCAAUAUCGUAUUUUUGUAUAGUACUAUUGAAAAUAUGCAUUGAUAAGUUGUGCAUAUAUACAUUGUAAGGAUACAAAGAUUAAUAAUCCUUAACAGGAGAAAAUAGUUGUCAUGUAAGAUUUUUCAUUUGUUUGUGUAUAGAAAGUUGUUCUGUAA